AUGAGUGAAUACAGAGAAAAAGGUAAUCAAUACUUUAAGGCAAAACAAUUGGAGGAAGCACUCUGGUGUUACACACAAGCAAUUGAAUUCGAUGGAAAUGAUCAUUUGUCAUACACCAAUAGGAGUCUGGCAUUCUAUAUGUUGUCAAACUAUCUAGAGUCACUCAAAGAUGCCAACAAUGCUAUUGCAAUCAAUAGUAAAUGGUUCAAAGCAUACUUUAGAAAGUCAUUGGCACUGAAGCAACUGAGUAGAUAUCAAGAGUCUUUGGAAUCAUUGGAUAGUGCAUUGGUCUUGAUUGAAAAUAACAAUAACAACAACAUCAACACUGGUGAAAUGAAAUCAUUGAUACAACAAUUCAAUCAAGAAUAUAAAGAUAUUAGUACAUUACUUAUAGAUUCAAGAUAUAAGUUGUUAACAAAAGAAAUGAAUGUAGAUGUUGCCUAUAUAAAUCGAUAUAAAGGAAAGGGUGUCGUCUCCAAAUCAAACUAUCAAGCUAAUCAAGAUAUCUUUCAAGAAUCACCAUUAGUUUCACAUAUAUCAUAUAAAUUUAUUAAUAAUAGCUUAUUUAAAUGUUGUUCACAUUGCUUAUCAACAAGAUUAGAUGUUAAGUUGUUUUCAAAAGAAAAUUUAAAUUUAUAUAAUAAUAUAUAUAGCAAUGCAACUACAAUGAUUAGAUGUGAAAGAGAUGGAUGUAAUGAUGUAUAUUGUUCAAUAGAUUGUCUUAAUCACGCAAAAUCACAGUAUCAUCAAGUAAUAUGUUCAUCUCCAACCGAUGCAGAUCUAGAAAGAUUAUAUGCAAAAGCAAUUGAAUAUAAACAAACCAAUCCUUUAGUUAUUCUCAGAAUAUAUGCUAGCAUAUUACAAAACAUCACAAUCAAUAAGCUAUCCAUCAACAACUCAUUAUUACCAUUCACAAGUUUCGUUUCCAAUGGAGAAUGGACCAGUCAAAACGAUACAGAAAUACUUUCGAUUCUCAAAGAUAUAUUUAAAGAAUAUAGAUCAAAAGAAAUAGAAAUAGACAAUUUAUUUACAAUUAAUAAAUAUAGAGAAUUCAAUUCGAUUAUACAAUGUAAUGCAUCACAUGUAAAUCCACCAUCGGAUAUUCACAUGUAUAUUAAUGAUCUGGUUGCAAAGACACCACUUUCCGUUGACCAUAUUGUUGUUUGUGGUAAGAAGGUUACUUUCGAUAAUCUACCAGAGUAUCUCGAGAAAUUCAGUGAUUUAUGUAUCAGUGGUAGCGCUCUCUUUCCAAUAGUCAAUAGUUGCAACCACCAUUGUAAUCCCAAUGCAGUGGUAAGCUACACAACCAACUGCAAUCGAGUCACUCUUAGAUCUCUCAGAUCAAUACCUAUUCAUGAAGAAGUAGAGAUAUCAUACAUAGAUGAAACUGUUUCAUGUUCACAGCGUAGAAAAGAGUUACAACAUAAAUAUCUGUUUAAUUGUAAAUGUACAAGAUGUUUAUGUGAACAAUAA